AUUAACUUGCAUUAACGUAAUUAAUCGAAUUGGCUCGAGGCCAGGACGAGCCGCUAGGGUUUUCCUUCUCGAGCUCGCUCUCGCUGUCCCUGCCGACGCAGUAGAAUUCCAAGCUUUACCCUAACUCUUGGGGCUUCCUAUCCAUACUGGCACGUUGGGUUCUUCCAUGGCGAUCGAAUCGUUCUAGUCGUUGAUCCAUUGCUGGGGUUUGGGGCGGUGUUUCCUCGGUCCUCCGACGCCGAUGGCUAGCCUCAACCCCUUUGAUCCGCUGGCGGACGACGAUAACGAUGAUCCUUCUCAUUUUAUCGCUAUUCAGCAACAAAAAGUCGUCGCCAAGAAGCCACCCGCUUCUGCUGCGGCGCCGGCGUUUCCGUCGAAGCCUGUCCCUCCUACCCAAGCAGUGAGGGAGGCUAGGAGCAAUGCUGCACCACCUUCUCGUGGUGGCGCUGGCUGGGGUGGGACAGGGCGUGGUAAGGGUGGGAGAGGAGGUAGGGAUUUAGGAUAUGGGGAGAUGAAUGGAUUUUCGAGGGGUUACGGGGGCGUUGUUUCUGAAGAAGGGGAUGCUGAUAAGCCUUCUGAAAGGGGACGUGGCGGAUAUGGGUCACAACGACAGUUGUUUCGUGGUGGUCGACGGGGUGGAUAUGGUAAUGUGAAUGGAGGAGGUGGGAUUGACUCCGAACGACCCCCACGGAGGAUCUAUGAGAGACACAGUGGAUCUGGUCGUGGUUAUGAGAUGAAGCGUGAGGGCGCAGGGCGUGGGAACUGGGGCACGACUUAUGAUGAUUUGAUUGCAAAGGUGAGUGAAAAAGACUCAAAAAUGGAUGAGAAGCUUGCAAUUCCUUAUAAGCAGGCAGAAGAGGAUGAUAGACUGCCAAUGGAGGUGAAUAAGGAGGCCUCAGCAAAUGAGAACGAGGAAAAGGAAAUGACUCUGGAAGAAUACGAGAAAAUAAAGGAGGAAAAACGGAAAGCACUACUUGCAAUGAAGCCUGAAGGGAGGAAGGUGGAAAUUGACAAGGAUUUUGAGUCCAUGCAGCAGCUGUCUAUUAAGAAAGGAAAUGAUGAUGUAUUUGUUAAAUUGGGUUCUGAUAAGGAUACGGGAAGAAGGAAAGAUAAUGAUCAUCAGGAGCAGGGAAAAAAGCAUGUGCCUAUUCCUGAGUUUCUGAAGCCAGCUGAAGGGGAAAGAUAUUACAGCCCUGGUGGUCGUGGCUUUGGUCGUGGGAGAGGCCGAGGUGAUCGUGGAUCAAUCUGGAGCGAGUUUGCUGGUGAGACAGUGAUCUCCGUUUCAUCUCCUUCUCUCGAGGAUCCUGGACAGUUCCCUGCCCUUGGUAGGAAGUAGAAUUUUAGUAUGACAAGCCUCUUACUAUCCUUGCAGCUUUAAUUCUAUCUGUUAUCUAUUGAGUUCAACCGUCAGGGUUUGCUUUAUCUGCAUAAAAAAUAUCCCGUUUGAUUGUUCUCUGCUAUGUGGUAUUAUGAGGGCCAUGUAUUUUAUUGUGCUUGCAUUCAUGUC